GCGCGCGAGCCUCGUUUGUUUCAGUCAGGUGCCAGGCGCCGGCCGCGACGCACAGUGCGCACUGCAAUAUCGUCCACCAUCCCUCCCAUACAACCUCCCGACACGCGCGAGUUACAGCUUUUCGAUAAGGUUUUCAUGACUUAAAUUAUCCCAUAAAUAAAUAUGAAGACUUAUUUAUCGUGCAUUUGGAACUGAUUCGUAUUAACAAUUGUACAAUUUAAAGUAAAUAAAUAUUAAGUGUAUGGAGCAGUGAGUGAUCUAAGAGCCUUCGCCGAUUUCCCGCCUAAUGAUGUCACGUCACGUGUUGCUCUCACGCCUGGCAGAGCAGUUCCAACCAUCAUCGCCGUCUCCAGCCCACCGUUUCCCAUCACCAGAGCGCAGCGUUUCCCCACAUUCUCCUGCGUCCUUACGAUCACCUCCACACUCACCGGACUCUUUAGCGCACCACCGCUUGGAUCUUUUACAAUUAGGGGACAUUGAAAUUGCUGGCAGAACACUUAAACAAUAUGGUUUAGGUGCACUGAUGUAUUGCAGCAGUUUGGGUGCACUGUAUGGCAGCGCCGGUGUAUGGCCUCUGCUUCUACCACGUGGUUCACCUCAAUUCCCGAGUGCUCCAUUCGAUCACGCCAGGCAGACUCCUCCGAGAGAUGAUGACGAGGAAGAGCUGCCGUUGAAUUUAUCGACUAAGAAUCGACAAAUAUGGUCGCCUGGCAGCGCAUGUGAGCGUGAACAGGUGGAGGUUGAAGGCGAAUCGCCGCCAUCCCGAUGGGCGCUGGAACUAAGUCUCGAAGAGGCAGAUACGCCCUUGGAACUCGUAAAGAGAUGCCGUAGCACUCCCGAUGUAGACGAAAAUGAUUCUAAUACCGAACCACUGCGAUGCCCAUCAGCUCCUGCACAUCACACUUAUCCAAUGCCUCCUCCAUCUUCGGGAGACAUCAACUUCUCAAUGCUUGUCAAGAAUGAAAAUAGAAAUGAAAAAUCUUUCCAGUGCAAACAGUGUGGCAAAUGUUUCAAGCGUUCCAGCACUCUAUCGACACAUCUACUGAUCCACUCGGACACCAGGCCAUAUCCCUGCCAAUAUUGCGGAAAACGCUUUCAUCAGAAGUCUGAUAUGAAGAAACACACGUACAUACAUACAGGAGAGAAGCCGCAUAAAUGCGUCGUGUGUUCAAAAGCAUUCAGUCAGAGCUCAAAUCUAAUCACACAUAUGCGCAAACACACCGGAUACAAGCCGUUUUCUUGCGGAUUAUGUGACAAGGCGUUCCAACGGAAAGUAGAUCUGCGCCGACAUAGAGACUCGCAACACUCCAAUGUACCUGAGGCUCCUGCUACUGUGUCGCUACCACCCCAACGCUAUAGAUAUUACGACGAACCUGCAACGCCACUUACACCACUUAUCACUAAUUAAACAACAAGACAACUUUCAAUAAAAAAUAUAAAGAAACCAACGUGUGACAUCAGUCAAGAGCUAAAUGGUGAUAUGUUUUAAUAUAAUUAAGUUCAUAUGAAAAUAGUCACAUAUUUGUUGCAAUUAAAAAACAGGUAGCAUUUUAUAGUGUUACAAUUUGUUUGUGUUUAUGUAGGUAACUUAUCUAACUGUAGUAACGAUUGUAUGGAAUUGUAUGAAUAAUAUUGACUAGUUAGUUUGAAUUAAAAAGCUUACGAAAGUAGCCAAAGAUUUAAAUGUUCCAAGUGAAUGGACUCCAUCUGGACGAGCGAUUGUGAAUUUUCCUAAUGGUAUUAAUUAUGAUGGAUGUAAAUUAUAUUUUCAAAUAAUACUUCCCACUAGUAAAAUAGCAACGAUAUUUGAAAGUUACUGAAAAUCAAAAGGUGCGUACGUAUGUUGAUGCAUAAAUAAUUAGCAAUUACCGUUACCUUUAUAGUGCCUUAAGCGAUGCCUUUAAGCCGUCAUGUGUUUGUUUAUACACCGUUAAAGGAUUUACCCAAUUCAAUAAAUAGGAAAGUUCUUAAAAUAUUUUUUGUAUUUAUCAUUAUACACCGUAUUAUAUUAUCUAAUGUUUAAAAAAGAACAGUCCGUCCUUUGGUAUCGUGAUAAUAAUGUGUAAAAAGUACUUAUAAAAAUCCUAUGUUUUGCAGUGCCCAAGUAUAUUAAGUAAAAUGUAAGUAUAGUCUAAUACAAACCAAAGUGAAGUGUUUAUUUAGUCGAGUGUCAAACGCUUUAUUUAUUUAGUUUAGAAUAGAAUUAAUUAACGAGUUUAUAAGUGUAUUAUGCUUAAUUUUACCGACAUGCAAUUAAGAUAGGUGUUUGAACUUCAUUACCAUUUUGAAAGAUUACCGUUACCAAUUUUUUUUACUAAUUGGUCUGUUACCAUUCUUCGUCUUAAGAAGAUAUUACCAGAUAUUAUCUUAUAACCCAUGUCAAAGUCAUGUCAAAAUCAUACACAUAAAAAUAGCUUCAAAAUAAUGAAAAGUACGUAAAUAAAUAUAUUUUUGUGGUAUACAUUCAUGCAGAUAUAUAAAUCGGAAUAUGUUAAAAUAUGCAUUUAUAACCCAAUAAUCUUAAGUUUGAUUUGACGGUUAGAGCAAAAUGAGAUAAUAUA